GUUCCAUGUGCGGCAGUUUAAUUACAUGAUUGUUAUUACGAACAUGUAGCAUAAUAAAAAGGUGGAUAAAUACACAUUUUCUUAAAACUGAAUUCAGAACCAGCAGUAACUGUUGCGAAUAAACUUACUCAAGUCGGAACUGCCUACAUUGUAGAGAUAGGCCCUAAAAUUUUCAAUGAUAGAAUUACAUUAAAUAAAGUCUAGAAAUUAAUUUCCAAGUCCUUGAAAUAACCAAAAAUGAUUUCACAAAUGUGAAGUUUAUGAUAGUUUUGUUAAUAUCAAUAACAGAAGUUUUAAUUUUUAAUUUAAAGUUGUGAUCCACAAAGAAUGACAACUCUUGCCUUGGGCUAGUACUUAUAAGUAGAGAUCUAUUAGUUUACUUCCCUUGCAAUUACACAAUUGAGUGGAAAAUGAAAACUGUUUAAGACACACUAUCAUACUUUUUUGCACAACAAAAUCAUUAAGGAUUUAUUCAUUUGUGUUUGAUUUACCCCUCAAGACAUGGUUCCUAUGAUUCUGUCAACUUACAUAUGGUAAAAAAUUAACUUUUAACAAGCCAAUAAUAAAACGAAGUACCAGUAGGUAAAUAAUAGUGCAGAUAAUACAGUUUUGCUUGUAUCAAAAUGUCACAAUAGAUUCACUUUUGUAAUACAGAACACCUGGUAGGAUUAGUAAAGGUGCAAUUAUAUUGAUCUCUAUUUCCUAUGCCUAUACAUUGAGAUUUAUCUUAACACGAAAACUAACCCUGUCAUCCUUUACGUUACCUUUCGCUAAAAGUUAUUUCCCCUGAGCAGCGGUGAUAAGAUGUUUAUCUCCCCGGGUAUAAUAACAAGCACGCGACAUUUUUAACCCAUAACAACGAACAGACUGAUCUUUUCAUCUGUAGUGACAAGUUAUACUGUGUCUUAAUGGGAAUACUGUUAUACACUAGAGGAAAAAAAACUGAAAUGGAUAUAUGAAAAAGAAGGUAAAAUUAUUGUAUUUGCGAUAAGAUGUUUUAUUUAUAACACGCUUUUAAAUCAUUUCCAAUUUCAAGUUAGUACAUGUAUAAACAAUGUUUAUGAAGUUAACAAAAUGAUCUGUCAGUAUGAAAUGAGAUAGCCAACGAAUAAUUUGAUACAAUGUUUAAUCUUUCAAGUAUCUAAUUGGCCGGUAUGAGUUCUUUUUAUCAAGUUUCAGAGCGGAACUUUUCUAAUUGAAUUACGCUAAACAAUCCAAUCUACCGGGACCGUGUGAUUUUAAUUCAGUGAAGAUCUAUGAAUGGAUAAGCCAUAUAAUAUGUAUAUAUGUAUACCAACAGUUAAUGUAUCUAAUUAACAUAACCGUCUUAAACGAAAGAAAGACGUUUUAAUUAUUAAGAAAACGGGCUAAAAGUGUUAUAGAACUUUGAACUUCAGCGUUAUAUAUACUUCCGAUGCCAAAAGUUAUUUCCCUAUAUAAAUUAAGAUAGUAUCAUAAAGUAUAGUUAAAACAUUUAAUCAUCACAAGACUUACAAACAAAUAUGUUCAUGCCGGCGGAAAUGACAUUUUUACAAAUACUACAAUGAACUGAUUUUUUUUUCUUUUUUGGUGGGGUUGGGGAUAAUUUUCGUGGUUUCUGUGGUUGAGUCAAUCCACGAAAUUAAAUCAACAAACGAGUCAGAUUCCCAUUAAUUCGAUGUUCAAAUUUUGAAAAUCACCAAUUCUUAUCCCUGCGAAACUGCCGUUUUCGUCAAAUCCACGAAAUUUCAUGCCCACGAAAUUAAAUGAUUUGACAGUAAAUCCACAUUGUUGACCUUUUUUUGUUACCUGUUUUUUUUUUUUUUUUUUUUUUUUUGCUUUUUUUCAUUAUCUACUGGAAACUAUGUUACAAAUAACAUAUUUUGCAUAUUUUUACAACAGUCAUAAAAUGGUUCCGAUUAGCAUUUUGUCCUUACUUCUAAAAUAUUUUCUUUUAAUAGAUCGCAAUGGAUUCCAAAGUAUUGAACGUGUAUCUAUAAAAAAAACGCCAUUAAAUAAAUACUUACAUAAUAGCUUAAGACCUGUUGGUAUGUUAUGUCAACAAUUGUCGUGUAAGAAAUAUCAAUAAAUAAUUUAGUAAAUGUAGAAUCACGUAUACAAUACCUAUGAAAGUUUCAAAGUUUAAAGCAAAUAUUUACACUGUUAAAAUCUUUAAAAUGAUGGCUUAAAUAUAUUUGUUUUUCACACACGCGAUUCAAAUAAAUGGGGACUUACAAGGUUAGUGUUUUCAUCCGUAAACUUAAUAUUAAAAAGUAAAAAUGGAAAAGACGCGGAAAUGUGAUUCGCCAUAAGGCAAGUAAGGAACUACUUUAUUCAAUGUCUACCACCGCUCGGCCGCGCAGAAGACCCGGAUCCCGCGGAGGAAAUUCUGUAAUCAAAGGACCUACCAUGGCGCACGUGGGUUUCCAGGGGGCGCGCCAUAUGCACCCAGAGCGUCUGCCCAGUGCUAAACGGGAAAGGACCUUAUCUGUAAGACUGUUUGAUACAAACGAAGACACCCUAGAAAGUAUGGACAACCAGUCGAGCAAUGUUAAGAUUUUGAUGGUGAAUGGUUUGAACAUGAACAAUGUGAGCGAAGGUAUUGUGGAACGCAUGCAGCAUCUGCAGAAGUUAGAUCUUAGCGAGAACCAGCUUAUCGACACAAGUCUUCCUGACUCGUUUUCAACUUUAGACAAUUUAGUGGAGCUUAACCUUAGCAACAACAAAUUCACUAAACUCCCGCCAUCGAUCAAAAAGCUACGUAAUCUUAGUCGAUUAAGUUUAAGUUUUAAUACAAUAGACAGUCUUAAAGGACUGGAAAAACUAAAGAAAAUGCAAGUGCUAAUGUUGGAUCAUAACAAAUUCACUAGUGUGUUCAAAGACAUUACGCACAUGCGCAAACUCGAGAUUUUGGACUGUAGUUCAAACAAUAUACGAGAAGUGGGAUUAGAUGUGCGCUUCUUGAAGAACUUGCGUGAGUUGAAUGUUACUAAAAAUAGAAUCUCAGUGCUUCCAACGGAUGUGUUUCAGCUGAAUUCUCUGGAAUCAUUGAAGGCUGGUCAGAACCAGAUCUCAAAGAUUCCAAUGUUCAACAUGAAUCCACAGCACUGCCACUGCUUAUCUGAAAUAGAUCUUUCCUCAAAUGUAUUAAACAAAUUUCCCGGACAUUUGUUGGUGAUUACAAAGAAAUUGGACAUCUCGUCGAACCGGAUAAAGACACUGGAGUGGAGUAAGAUCAAGAAGAUGGAAUUGCAGACGGACAAGGAUCUAUAUGUGGAAGGCAAUCCACUCACGUUUCCACCAACAGAUAUCUGUGAGUGUGGAUUGAAAUCCAUGGUGCAGUUCUUCCAGGAGACGCAACUGAACCUUAAAGUGUAUCAAGGAAUGAAGAUACUUGUUCUUGGUGCACCAGGAAGCGGAAAGACAAGUUUUGUACAGACUUUGGUUGAUGGACAGUCCAGACUUUCAGAGGAAAUGUACGAAAAGUCAGCCGGAAUAGAGGUCAGUGACAUGACCUUUGAAAACAUCGCUAACAAACCAGAACCUCCGCCAAAUGUCACGGUCACCAAAGCAAACAUGGAAAUCCAUAAAAAGCGCUUGAGUGUUCACGGGAAAGAGCGUUCAGAGGAUACAGAUGACGAAGUGUCAUCGAAUGCAAGCAGUUCAGAACACAAUAAAACAUUGAAUCUGUGUAUCUGGGAUUUCUGUGGCAAUCCAUUUUAUUUGUAUCCGCACUAUAUGUUCUUUGAGCAGCCAGCAAUCGCUAUACUGACUUUUAACAUGUAUACAUACACGUCAGAUAAAUUUGACGAGAUGGUUAGUUCUUGGUUUGAUUGGAUGAUCGCAAAAACGAACAAACUCGUGGUAUUGUUGGUAGGAACACAUGCUGAUAAAUUAAAGAAAGAAAAGAUGAAAGCAGUAUGUAAUGAGGUCAAAGCAAAGCUUCAGGCUCACGCAGAGAAACAGCGACAAAUUGUACAGAAAAAGAUCGACGAAAUUACGGAGAAACCCCAUAUAUCGCAAACAUUGUCUUCUCAACUGAAUGCCUACUCUCUGCUCCUACACGAGAAGUUCGUGGUACAGAGCGAAGUCAUUACUACAAGUGCUGCUAAAAACACAGGUUAUGAAACCAUUGCAGCUUCGGUUGAGAUGCUGGCGAACGAUUCCCGUCAGUUUCCGCACGUUCUACGACCGAUCCCGACAUUUUGGCUCGACGUCGAGUCGUUCGUCGAAGAAAGGGGAAAUACAAUGGUUGUUCCGAUCGUGAAAUUUGAUCAACUUAAAGACGAGAUUGGUGAAAAAUUUGGAAUGAAACAUUUACUGAAUACAAUCCUUCAGUACCUUCACGAGACGGGAAAAGUAUUGUGGUUCUCAAACAAUGCGGCGUUGAAAGGUCACGUGAUUCUACGACCGGCGUGGUUCUUUGACAUCUUCCGUGCGAUUUUCCGUCAUGAUCUUACGGAGAAACUGGAAAUAGAAGUAGAGGACAGCUUUAAGACCAUAGUGUUCGAGGACGAAACUUCAGGAAUUACUCAAAGUAAGUACGACCAGAUGAAAGAAGAAUUUCUUGCUGAAGGUAUCGUAGACAGGGACCUGUUGAAAUGUAUGCUGAGUCACCUGUUGCCAUUGGAAACCAAUGGUCCAUUCUACGAAGUGCUUGAUUUACUUCUAAAUAACCUUGACCUCGGCUAUCUAGUCUCGAAAAGACCGCGGGAAAACGGAUACAACCUAGAUCCGGAAAAAGACAGUAUGCAUUCUCGGAAGUACCUCAUUCCCUGGUUCCGGAAUGUACCCGAACCUACCUCUGUACAAGAAUUAUGGGAACCAAUCGCCGGAAACCAGAGACUUGCAGGCAUUUGCAGGUUCCCUAAGUAUAUGCCACCAGGCCUGUUUGAGAUGCUUAGUGUCAGAGCCCACAGGGACAAAAACAGGUUGAAAUUUCUGUCCCAUUGGGGCUCGGGCUUUCACGCCAGACACAGAGAGGAAAAGCUACAGAUAAUGUUCAGCUACACAAGACAUGAGACCGAUAACGGAACUACCUUGAGGUUCGAGUUCCGGGACGACCAUGGCUCAGACCCCCAUGCCGACUCGGUAUCUGCUGCAGCCAUGUGGACUAUACUUCUCCCUAUUCUAAUGGACUUUGAGGAGUUAUUGCAUUCCUACACAGGUGUUUUAGUUGAACGUCUGAUGGAAUGCCCGAACUGCAAGAUGUUGUCGUUUAUUGGGGAAUGGUUGACCCCCAAGGAGACACAGGGGAUGCCCACGAGACCGUGUGCUGAGUGCCACGAGGAAAUAGACACCGCUUUCCUCGCGCAGCCUAGAGAAAAGAAACGAGAUGAUGUCCGGCUUAAUCUUGCGCGCAUGCGCCAGAAACGUCGUGACGCCCUAAAAGGUUCCGCAGGUUCUAAAUUAAUGUCAGUUCAAGCGCCUGCACGACAUGGCCGCCGGGCCGCCAUAAUGCCGACGGAAAGUACCUUAAUGGCUCGACCGAGUGUUUCUACAGCUGGCGAAAGUGAAAAUGAUAACGAGACUUGUGACGAAAAAAAUCCACGAAGAUCGACAGGAUUUCUGCCAGGAUUAAAUGCAGAAGAAAUGACUUCUUUUAUGAGCAAACUCGAAAACGACACAGGAGAUGCCAGUAAAAGCGACAGCGAGGCUGAUGUCGUCACACCUUCAGGGCAAGCGGUCGGUUUACUGCCGGGACUCAAUCCAGGAGAAAUGGCGUCAUUAAUGAGUAAAAUUGGUAAUGAUUCAGACAAAGAAAGUAAUGCUGACAGUGAAAUGCACAAUGACUCUCCGCCAGCAUUUGGAGUAUUACCAGGUCUGAAUCCAGGAGAAAUGGAAUCAUUUAUGAACAAAUACGCAAAUAAAACUGGUACAGACAGUAACGGCGAAAGCGAAGUUGAUGAAGGCGAAUUUGCUGCCCCAGAAAUGGGAAUUUUACCUGGUCUAAAUCCUGAACAGAUGGCGUCCUUUAUGAAAAAAAUAGAAAACGAUACUUCCAACAUGACUGACAAUGACAGUGACAACGGACUAGAGUGAAAUAAUAUUCAGAAUAUUCUACAAAGCCCUCCAUGUUUAAGUCCUGAACGAGUGUCAAAAUUUGUAAGCUAACUCCUAUAGCAUAUCAGUUACUAAAUUAGUAAUUCGUUUCUUGCUGAGCUGUCUGCCAUGUCGACCCUGUGGUAACUAUUACCUGGAAGAAAUAGUGUACUUUUGUUUUAGUCCUUAAAUCUUUCUACGCAAUUUUUUUAACUCGGCGCCAUUAUCAUACAACCAACAACAACAACACAAAUAUCCACCACUGUAGGCUUCCAUCUGUUUUACGUUAACACCAUUAAAAUGCACGUUUUAUACACUAACGCUUUUUUUUUUUUUUGCAAAAUGAGAAGAUGCUUAUUCAUUUCUGGUCACCAUCCAAAAACAACACACACGAAGAACUUGGUUUUUAUUGGUGUUAAGUAUAUAGAUCAUCCAUCUUUUGGGCCUGGUUAAAUACCAUUCUCUAAUUUGUAACCAUCUGAUUGCUUGCUUCUUGACAUAAUGUUUUAAUUGACCAAUGACAAGUCGCAUUCUAUGAUAGGUAAUUCCAUAACGGACAGAUCACAACUUUCACUUAGAAAAUCAUGUAAUUUAAAAGUUUAUAUUUUUAUGCAGAUUUUAUUAAACAUGUUAUAAUAAAAUUGCCAUUGAU